GAUGUGACGGGGAAUCUUGAAAAUUUUUGGGAACUAACAAAGCCUGAGUUCAGUGCAGCAAGUUGUUUUGUCAGGAAAGGAAAAAAAGGGGGCGAGCGAACGCAGACAGCGCCGUCCGUCAGAAACAGCAGGGUUGGGUUGCUGAGGAGCCUGGCUGGAACUGGAACGGCGCAAACAUGGAGGCCCGGGCCCCUGGAAAAGCACGCGAAGGCCCAUGGUUUGGUUUGAGGGGGACUCUCGCUCUCCAUCCACCCACGGCGCACCACGUACGCUGCCAAAGCUUUAUAAAUUCCCGAUCGAGCACGAGCGGUGCAGCCGCCCGUAUUCCAGACUCCAGAGCGACAUCGACCUGCAACAAGACUAGUCACUCACCAUGGCCGUGCCUGUGGCGUUCCCGCCGCACAUCAUGGCGCUCACCAAGGUGCAGCGGCUCUACGACGCCUGCGACGUCGUCUUCUCCUCGCCGGCGGCGGCGCCCACGCUCGGGGACAUCAGGUGGCUGCAGAACAUCCUUGAUGGCGUGGAGGCAGCCGACGUCGGUAUCGACGACGGGGAGAACCCGACGUCCUCGUCGUCGUCCUCGUCCGACGACGAGCUGAGCCCCAAGAGCGGCCGCCGCCUCCUGCCGGCGCCGGCGUUCACGCAGAUCACCUACGUGCACAUACACCAGUGCAACGAUUUCUCGAUCGGCAUCUUCUGCUUCCCGGCCGGCGCGACGCUGCCGCUGCACGACCACCCGGAGAUGGUGGUGCUCAGCAAGCUCCUGUACGGCUCCGUGCGCGUGCGCUCCUACGACUGGGUCUCCGCUCCGCCUUCGCCGCCGUCGCCGUCCAUGAGGAGGAGGAAAUGUGGCCUGGCCAGAGUGGUGGCCGCCGACGUGGUGCGCCGCGCGCCCUGCCAGGCGUCCGUGCUCUUCCCGCGCAGCGGCGGCAACCUGCACGCCUUCACCGCCGUCACGCCCUGCGCCAUCCUCGACGUCCUCACGCCGCCCUACUCGGAGGACCACGGACGCCCCUCCACUUACUUCACCGACGUCCCCGUCCCGUCUCUCCCGGGUUUCGCGGUCUUGGAAGAGACGGACCUGCCCGAGGGUUUCACCGUCGCCGGUGCGCCGUAUCUUGGCCCUGAGCUCACGGUCGAUAUGGAUGACGACGACGACGACGACUACGACAGCUACGACGACGAGUAGUUAGCUUAGCUUUAGCUGUCUGUUUUUCUUUCUUAAUUUCUUUUUUUUUUACCUCUCGAUCGAUCGAAAGAGCUAUAGAUGAUGCAGAUACUACUAGCUAGCUGUAGAUACUUCAUAGUUGCAAGCACAAGCUCUGAGAUCUGUACAUGGCCCGUGUACAAAUCCUUCGCCCAACCGACCGACGACGUGUGUGUACUAGCUAGGAGAGUUCUGAUAGUAAAGUAGUAACACUGCUAGCUAGUUCAUAUCGGUCUAACACAGUGGUUUCACAAACUGACACCCUUGUAAAUAAAUUACUAAUCUUCAAUA